CCUAAUUUCUCAAGGCAGCGGUUAACGACCAGACAGGCUGAGAGAUAGACGUGAAUCAAACUUAAAACAAAAUGGGUAACCUGUGAUUUCGCUUCCGAUAAAUACCGGCGGCCCUGAGUACUGUAACGGAUGGGCCUUGAAAGGACGACAAAUUCCGCCUGCGCAUGGUUACCAAAAUGCUUGUACGGAAGGAACAAGUAUAUGACUUCCAAAGAACUCAGGACGUUAGUCCUAGUUAGUAACAAGAAUGCGCUACGUAAAUUGUAUAUGAUCAGGAUGAUAACAGAGAUAACGAAUAUCGCGGUGGUGCCUGCUUAUUGAGCAGAUCAAGUAUAUGAGGGUGAUCUGAUGAGGCUUUGACAAACGUGCGGGUAAUGCGAGUGUAAUGAGCCAGCAAGAAUGCCACGAUGGUGCUUACGGCAAUGGAGCCACUCAAACGACCUUCGGAAGCUCUACUGCCUGCGGGGCCGUGUCUGCCGUGCUAUAUUUCAUCUCAUGCAUGCCUCAAGGCUUCGCUGGUUGACAAUGAGUCGUCUCAUCUUCGCCUCACACUCGGACCCUCACAUUCAAGUUGACACAUUCUCAUUUUCGACAGGAAUUAUGUGGGAUGAAGAUUUCGUGUGCGCUUGCAAGGUGUAGCUGUGGAGUAGAUGCUGAGGGAUUGCGUGACUGGGCAAUUGAUUCUAUGUUGGAUUUUUCCGUUGGUGACAAAUGAUGGCCCACCGAGGGAUGAUUCAGUUGCAAUUUCCUGUGAAAAGAUGAUCAAGAAAAGGACAGCAAUCUGAUGCAGCCUGGGUGUGAUCUGGGU